AAUGUAGUUUUUAUUGGGGGCUUCCGCUGUAUCCCGGCGGUUUCCGCGGGGUUUGUAUAGAACUACAUCUCCCGCGCUGCAUGCCGGGAGCCGCUGGUCCCCCGCAGCCCGAUAAAGAAGUUGUUUUCCCUGCGAUGCUGCUGAAGGAAACCCGGCUGAGGAAGGAGGCGCAGCCAUAGCAGCACCGGGUUCUCCAGCUGAAGAAGGGUGAAAGGUCACAGCUCCUAUGUUGGUGACGGAAGAUGAGAGGACAUGACUCUGGCAGGGACGAGCGGGGGUCGGUGUCCUCCUACCGGCUGGCACCACCACACAGCGAGACUUCACCAGACGCCGAGGUCCAGGAUGCGUUGGAGACGGCGGGCCGGGCCGAAGGCGGCCUGUCUCUGGUCCAAAAUGGAAAACAUCGAGAGGACGAAUCGCCACGCAGCAAAUACCAAGACAGCGUCCGACAGUUUAAACCCAUCCGCAGUACCAGCAAACACCAGCAUCCUGUUGAUAAUGCAGGACUGUUUUCCUUCAUGACAUUUAAUUGGCUGACUCCUCUGGUGGUACACGCCCACAAGAAGAGACAGCUGCUCUUGGAGGAUGUCUGGCCUGUGUCACCAAGGGAGAGUUGCCAUGUCAACCGUCUCAGGCUGACAGCCCUCUGGGAAUCGGAGGUGAGGUUAAAAGGGGACCAGGCGUCUCUCUGUAAGGUGGUUUGGUCUUUCUGUCGAACCCGUCUUCUUCUCUCCAUCCUCUGCCUCACUGUCACCCAGCUGGCCGGCUUCAGUGGCCCGGCCUUUGUGGUGAGGCGCCUGUUGGAAUACACCCAGCGGGAGCAGCCGGACCUCCUCUACGGCCUGCUGCUGGUUCUAGGCCUCCUCACCACAGAGCUGGUGCGCUCCUGGUCUUUGGCGCUGACCUGGGCACUCAACUACCGAACGGGCAGCCGCCUGAGAGCGGCGUUCCUCAGCAUGGCCUUCCAGAAGAUCCUGCGGCUCCGCAGCAUCAGAGAAAAAUCUCUGGGCCAGUUGGUUAACAUGUGUUCCAGCGAUGGUCAAAGGAUGUUUGAGGCAGCAGCGGUGGGCAGUCUGUUAGCAGGGGGCCCUCUGGUGGCCGUGCUGGGCAUGGCAUACAACCUCUUCAUACUGGGACCAACUUCACUGCUGGGUUCUGCUGUAUUCAUUUUAUUCUACCCAACCAUGAUGUUUAGUUCCAGGCUGACUGCUUAUUUCAGGAGGAAGGUAGUUGCUGUCACAGACAGACGAGUGCAGAAGAUGAAUGAGAUUCUAAACAACAUCAAGUUCAUUAAAAUGUACGCCUGGGUCAAAGCUUUCUGUCAGGACAUUCGCCGGAUUCGUGAGGAGGAGCAGAAGCUUCUGGAACAGACAGGGUAUUUCCAGAGCAUCACUGUGGGCGUGGCUCCCAUCGUUGUGGUGAUCGCCAGCGUGGCAACGUUCUCCGCCCACAUGCUGCUGGGAUACGACCUGACAGCCGCUCAGGCCUUUACAGUAGUGACAGUGUUCAACGCCAUGACCUUUGCCCUGAAGGUCACUCCGUUCUCCGUCAAGUCUCUUUCCGAAGGCUCAGUAGCUAUAGAGAGAUUUAAGAGUCUGUUCUUGAUGUCGGAGGUGGAGAUGCUCCGUGCGUCUCCUCAGGACCCCUGUGUUGUAGUAGAGAUGAGGGAUGUCAGCCUGGCAUGGGAGAUCAGCGGGCCGAGCGUCCAGUCGUCCCCUCGGGUCACGCCGGCCAUCGACGCCACAGCCAGAAACAGCAGGAGGGAAAAGUGUGCAGACAGACGGGUCCUGCAGGAGGAGGUGAGAGGGAGUCUGCUGUGUGGAGGAGAUCUAGCAUCUGACCCAGAGGAGGAGGAGGAGGAGGAGUCUCCCCACCUGCCCCCCCUCCCUGUCCCGCGCCUCCAUAGCACCCUACACUGCAUCAACCUAACCAUCCAACAGGGGAAGCUGGUUGGGGUGUGUGGGAGUGUGGGGAGUGGCAAGACUUCCCUCAUCUCAGCCAUUUUAGGACAGAUGACUCUUCUGGAGGGACGUGUGGCUGUCCGGGGAGACUUUGCCUACGUUUCCCAGCAGCCCUGGAUCCUCAACGCCACGCUGAGAGACAACAUCCUGUUUGGAAAAGAAUACCAGGAAGACAGAUACAAGUGUGUUGUAAGUGCUUGCUGUCUGAGACCGGAUCUGGCCCUGCUCCCAGACUCUGACCUCACUGAGAUCGGGGAACGAGGGGCCAACUUGAGUGGCGGGCAACGCCAAAGGGUGAGCUUGGCCCGGGCCCUCUACAGUGACCGGGACAUCUACAUCCUGGACGACCCCCUGAGCGCCCUCGAUGCCCAUGUCGGAAACCACAUCUUCAACAAUGCCAUCAGGAAACAACUCUGCAACAAGACCAUCAUCUUCAUCACUCACCAGCUCCAAUACCUGGUAGACUGUGAUGAGGUCAUCCUGAUGAGGGAGGGCAGUAUAGUGGAGCAGGGUAACCAUGACGACCUGAUGAGUCUGAAUGGCGAUUACGCCGCCAUGUUUAACAACCUUCAGCUGGGAGACACGCCUUAUAUUGAGGCUCCGGGUAGGAAGCAGGGCGGCUCUCAGAGGAAACCAGCCGAGACCAAGUCCGGCUCCGUGAAGAAGGACAAACCAACCAGUCAAGACAACGGUCAGCUGGUGGAGGAGUGUGGGCGGGGCGCAGUUUCCUGGCAGGUGUACAGCGCCUACAUGAGGGCAUGUGGAGGUCCUGCAGUCUGUCUGUUCAUCCUGCUGCUGUUCCUCCUCAACGUGGGGAGCACCGCCUUCUGCCACUGGUGGCUCAGUUACUGGAUCAAACAGGGCAGCGGGAAUACCACAGUGUUGGUAGGUAACAGCUCUGUUCUGAGUGACAGCAUGAAGGACAAUCCCAUGAUGCAUCAGUACACCGCUGUCUACGCCUCCUCCAUGGGCAUCAUGCUGCUGCUCAAACUCCUGCGAGGCGUCGUCUUCGUGAAGAGCACGUUGAGGGCCUCCUCCAGGCUCCACGAGGAGGUCUUCCAGAAGAUUCUACGGAGUCCCAUGAAGUUCUUUGACACAACGCCAAGCGGACGUAUCCUGAACCGCUUCUCCAAGGACAUGGAUGAAGUUGAUACUCGUCUACCGUUCCAGGCGGAGAUGUUUAUUCAGAAUGUGAUCCUGGUCUUCUGCUGUCUGGCUGUCAUCAGCUGUGUUUUCCCAUGGUUCAUGGCGGCGGUGGGUCCCCUGGUGCUGUUCUUUGCGUUGCUCCAUGUGGUGUCGCGUGUUUUCAUCCGUGAGCUAAAGCGUUUGGACAACGUGACACUGUCACCCUUUGUGUCUCAUAUCACCUCCAGCAUCCAGGGCCUGGCCACGCUUCAUGCUUACGGCAGGGGAGCCGACUUCCUGGACAGGUUCCAGGAGCUCCUAGAUCAGAACCAGGCUCCCUUCUACCUGUUCAGCUGUGCCAUGCGCUGGCUGGCUGUGCGUCUGGAUGUCAUCAGUGUGGCGCUCAUCACCAUCACAGCACUCAUGAUGGUCUUGAUGCAUGGGCAGAUGCCCCCUGCAUACGCUGGCCUGGCCAUCUCCUACGCUGUGCAGUUGACAGGUUUGUUCCAGUUCACAGUGCGUUUGGCCUCAGAGACGGAGGCUCGCUUUACAUCUGUGGAGCGAAUCCAACACUACAACCAGUCGUUGUCCCAGGAGGCACCAGCCCGAAGGAGGAGCCCCUCCCUCCCAGCAGAGUGGCCCCAGCAGGGGGAGGUGGUGUUUGAGGAGGUGGAGAUGAGGUACCAGCCCAACCUGCCGCUGAUUCUGAAAAGGAUCUCCUGCACCAUCCGACCCAAAGAGAAGGUCGGCAUCGUUGGUCGGACUGGGUCAGGGAAGUCUUCUCUGGGUGUGGUUCUCUUCCGGCUGGUUGAAUUGUGUGGUGGCUCCAUCAGGAUCGAUGGUGUAAAUAUCUGCGACAUUGGCCUGGCCGACCUCCGCAGUAAGCUGUCGAUCAUCCCUCAGGAGCCGGUCCUCUUCAGCGGGACAGUCAGAUCCAACCUGGAUCCCUUUGCUCAGUACGGAGAGGAGCAGGUCUGGGACGCCUUGGACAGAACUCACAUGAAGGACUGUGUGUCCCAGCUGCCUCUGAAGCUGGAGUCGGAGGUGUUGGAGAACGGGGAGAACUUCUCGGUGGGGGAGCGACAGCUCCUGUGUGUUGCCAGGGCUCUGCUCAGACAGUGUAAGGUGUUGAUCCUGGAUGAGGCCACAGCAGCGAUGGACACGGAGACGGACACUCUGAUCCAGGAGACCAUCAGGAACUCCUUCCAGGACUGCACCACCCUGACCAUCGCCCACCGCCUGCACACCAUCCUCAACUGUGACCGCAUCAUGGUGCUCAACCAGGGAAAGGUUGUGGAGUUUGACGAGCCGUCCAAGCUCCUGGCCAAUGAGAAUUCCCGAUUGUCUGCUAUGCUGGCCGCUGUGGAAAACAAGAUCUCUGUGAGAGGAUGAGGAGAGACACGGAGGGAGUGGCCGGAGAGGAGGGAGGAGGGUUCUGGUUUCCGACCAGUUCAGGAUUCAUCCUCCGUCUCACCAUCUCUGAUCCGAUCAGUUAAGAUAGAGACCACGAGUACACCAUGGGAACGAUGCACCAGAUGAGACCAGGACUCUUCCUGCUGGAGGACACUGACAUCAGACCUGGCAGGAGGUCUGGACUCUGAGUCCGAGAACCGCUUCAUGUACUGUAAUGAACUGUACUGUUCUAUACUGUACUUUAAUGUACUAUACUGUACUGUACUGUACUGCGCUGUACUAUACUAUACUGUGCUGUACUAUACUGUACUGUGCUGUACUAUUAUGUACUGUGCUGUACUAUACUGUACUGUACUAUACUGUACUGUGCUGUACUGUGCUGUACUAUACUAUACUGUGCUGUACUGUGCUAUACUGUACUGCGCUGUACUAUACUAUACUGCACUGCGCUGUACUAUAAUGUACUGUACUAUACUGUGCUGUACUGUACUAUACUGUACUGCGCUGUACUAUACUAUACAGUACUGUGCUGUACUGUACUAUACUGUCCUGUACUGUGCUAUACUGUGCUGUGCUGUACUAUAUUGUACUGUGCUGUACUGUGUAGUAACAGACAGAACGUACGUCUGUACAUAUUUGUACAUAGAGACCCUGUGUGAUAUUUACUGCAAACACGCAGACUGGCUUUCUUACACUUGUUCUUAUGCAGCUACAGGAUGUGUGACUCUUUCGUGUGGCGCCGCCCUGGCGGCCGGCCUGGCUGCCUGACGGUCGGUUGCUUUAUUGCGACUCUGGAAGACGUGUCUGUGUAAAUGUCAGUGUGACAGACGUCUUCAUGAUGUUCACCUGUCAACCAAUCAGUUAUUUUUUUUACAUUGAUGACGUGCAGCAGGCCAUAGGCUGCCACGGGGGAAGGGGCGGGGCUAAUUUCAGAUUUUAAUUGUAAAUUGCUCAAAAGCAGCGCUGUUUUGUAAGUGAAGGUGCAUUUAUAAACUUGUAAGGUCGGCCAUCUUUUUUUUAAAGGAAGUUUAAUUCUUUCAUGCGGAGAAGAGUCCUUCUGGGAGUCCUUCUGGGAGUCCUUCUGGGAGUCCUUUGGGUCAAGGCAGAUAUCGGGUGAUGGCAGGUAUCUAGUCUGUCUUUAUUUUACAACAACACCAU